CGACAAGCCCCCCCCAAGCCACCGACUUUCUCCCCCUUGAAAAAAACCGGUGAGAUCUUGAUGAAUUUCUCUUCCUUUCUUGUUAAAUCACAAGAUUUGGGGCUUAGAAUCUUCCCUCUCAACCCAGAAAAUCCCGGAUCUGCUCUGCUCUUCUCCCCUGUCCGCCGGCUGCUCUGUGGGUUUGAAUUUCUGGGCAUUUUUCGGUCCGUGAGUUUCCCCUGCAGAUGCCGCCGGCUUCUUCUCCCUGCUAGGUCCGGUUCUUGCUGGAAAUUUCUGGUUCCCGAUCGUUCUGUCACCGUAGCACUCGGGUUAGCCUUCGGUUCUGCCUUCGGUUUUGUGCGAGUGAGGUAAGUAAAUGAUGGUAAAGCCCUUUGAUUUUAAAGCAUGUUUUAAACUGUUUUUGAGAUGGUGGCAAGCUUUAAACUGAUUUUAUCAGCAUCUGAGUAUGAUUUAAACUGAAAUGAAAAUUGUGAUGGUUUUUAUGAGAAUUUCCUUGUUUUUCUGAAAUUGAGCAUGAUUGGAAUGAGAACGAGGAUUUUAUUGAUUUUCUUGAAAUGAGCAUGAUUGAGAAAUGAAAAUGAGAAUUUUAUUGUUUUUCUGGAGUUGAGCAUGCCUAUUUGGAAUUGACUGAACUGCUUUGAGGAAUUGAGAAUUUUGUAAAUGUUGAGUUUUCUGUUAAAUCCAUGCCCACAUGGAAAUUUUUCGGUUAUUUCUGAAAUGGGAGAUUGAUUGUGAAAUUCGGGUUUUUCUGUAAAUCCUGCAUGGUUUUGUCUCGGAUAUAGUCAUGAUUACUGACGCCUGCUAGUGGGAGCUGUAAACGCUAGCACAUUUCGACAUGUAUUUCUGUAGAACCGGUUCGUCCUGCCAAUGGGAUAAAACAUUGGCACUAUUACUGACGCCUGCCAGUGGGAGUGUGUUAAACACUGGCACCAUUACUGACGCCUGCCAGUGGGAGUGUGUUAAACACUGG